AUGAGCGCUUGUAAUAUAUCUGCAUUAUGUCCUAUUUAUUAUGAAUCGAUUUCUCGAUAUGCAAAUAAAGUAGCAUUAAUCGAUCAUUCAUCUUCAUAUACUUAUGAACAACUUCAUUCUAUUGCACGUCAACUUUCACAUCGUCUUAGUUCACUUUGUCGACAAGAGAAAUCUACUGAUGACACGAUUGAUGCAAAUAGUGUACAAAUUGGUGUCUUAUGUCCAAACGAUGCAUCAUUUGUUAUUGCUUUGUGGGCAUCAUGGAUGAUUGGAGCAACUGUAAUUCCUCUAUCCUUACAACAUCCACCAACAUUAAUUGCUUAUUUUCUUAAUGAUGCACAAUGUCGAGCAAUUAUUGUUGGUGAUGAUCAUUGUAAUGAUUUGAUUAAAACAACUUUAGAAAACAAUUCAUUAACUGAUAUACCUAUUAUAAAUAUCAAUAAAAAUGAUUUAGCAUCAACUAUUACACAUGAUGAUAAUUUACUAUUACCAACAAUUGAUCGAAAAAAUGCUUUAAUCCUUUAUACAAGUGGAACAAGUGGUAAACCAAAAGGAUGUGUAAUAACAUUUAAUGCUGUUCAAGCACAUGUUGAUUCAAUGGUUAAAGCUUGGGAUUGGAUAACAGAUGAUGUCAUAUUACAUGUUUUACCACUUCAUCACAUUCAUGGUCUUAUAAAUGCAUUAUUAACUCCACAUUUUAUUGGUGCUAAAGUGAUUAUGAUUCCUCGUUUUGAUGCGUCGAAGGUAUGGGAAUAUUUAAUACGUCCUGCUCCUAAACAACAAGUCACAGUCUUUACAGGUGUACCAACAAUUUAUGCAAAACUCAUUCAAGAGUACGAUGCUAAAUAUGGAUCAUGCUCUCAAACAAGAGAGAUUAUUCGUCAACAAUGUUCACAAAAACUUCGUUUAAUGAUGUGUGGUUCUGCUGCAUUACCCGAAAGCAUUUAUCGACGAUGGUAUCAAAUAAGCGGUUAUAAUCUUCUUGAACGUUAUGGAAUGACAGAAUGUGGAAUGGCAUUGUCGAAUCCAUUGUAUGGAGAAAGAAUUCCAGGUUUGACUUAG